AGAGACAUCAGAGCUUACACUGCUGUACAGAGGAAGCAGCUCACUCUGCCUGCACAGACAUGGCUCCUUGCUCAAGCAGCUACUCGUCCGUCCACCACAUCAGGAUCUCGGAGAGAGACAACAUCAAGCUCAGAAAGCCCAUUGUGGAGAAAAUGCGCAGAGAUCGCAUCAACAGCUGCAUCGAGCAGCUCAAAGUCAUCCUGGAGAAGGAGUUUCACAAGCAGGAGCCCAACUCCAAGCUGGAGAAGGCCGACAUCCUGGAGAUGACCGUCAGCUUCCUGCGGCAGCAGCUGCAGGCCGGCCUCUGUCACAGCGACUUCAGCUACUGCUGGAGAGACUCUGCACACUUCCUGUCGGCUCCGUCCGGCCCCGAGCCCUCCGCCACUCCUCCACAGAGCCUCCAGCAUCAGGACCAGAAGCUCCAGCAGGCCCAGAGAGCCGGCGGCCCGCAGGAGGGCGGCGGCAGGGGGCCCGUCUGGAGGCCCUGGUAG